CUCAUCAUACCAAUCUCAGGUGGAACCAACAGUAGCAACUACCUAUCCAUAUAUAGAUAUGUUUAUAUAAAUAUAUCUAGCUAGACACUGAUAUAUAUAUAUAUAUGUAUAGCUAUAGAGAGGAACAUUCACUAACCAAAUUAAAAAAACCCUCUUACUGAGUUUUCUUUUCUGUUCUAGCUACUGUAUGCUUUUCUCUCUGAAGCAGUAACCCUAACCAACCAUUUUUAAUUUUCAGAUCGGGAGAAUAGUAAGAGCCAAACGUUUUUCCUCCUUUCUCUAUUUAUUAAUAUUUUUUUUUUCUCUUUAAUAAUAUAUAUUGAGAGACUAUUUAAGAGAGAUGAUGUUUCCCUAUUGUAGUAACGAUUACCAAAAUUUCCCACGCACUAAUCAGACGCAUCAGAUUAUUGAUGAGAAGCGAGAUCGUCAAAACCCUGACUGUUACUCACAGCUGCCCACAUUUUCUGAAGGCGAAAGGCUCAUGUAUAGUCAUUUACUACCAAUGAUCACUCCAGCCGCCACUACUGCUACCACUAAUGCUAUCAGAACUAGUGCGAGUGAUGAUUAUGUCACUACUUCAACUUUCUCAUCAAAAGGGUUUUCGAAGAGGAAGCAGAUCGAAAGAAGUGGUGGGGAGAAAACGACGAAGGUUAAUAACCCCAGAAGAAGAGCUGGGAAGAAGGACCGGCAUAGCAAGAUCUCGACGGCUCAGGGCCUCAGGGACCGGAGGAUGAGGCUUUCCCUUCAAAUAGCGAGAAAGUUCUUUGAUCUCCAAGACAUGUUGGGUUUCGACAAAGCAAGCAAAACCAUCGACUGGCUGUUCAACAAAUCAAAAACUGCCAUUACAGAGCUCAAACAUUCGUUAAUAACUAAGCGGAGUAAUGAUGGUGACGGUGACGAUGAUAAAGAUAAUGAAAUCUUGGUGGUGAAUGAAGACACCAUGCCUGGUAGAGAGAUCAAAAAGAAGAACAAUUUCAGGAAGUUAUAUCAUUCUAAAGUGGCGAAGGAAUCAAGAGACAUGGCUAGAGCGAGGGCUAGAGAAAGAACAAGAGAGAGAUUAUUGCUUCAAAAAUCCACACAGAAAAUCUCUCAACCGGAGACUACUCUGAAAAAUAUAGUGGCGGAUCAAGAGGCUGCAGAGACGUCAACAAUGACAACAAGUAGUGUAACCGAUUAUCAAUCAGUGAUGAUGAUGAUGACGAGUAGCAGCAGUGGGGCAAAUUCCGAGGACGAUUUUCUAGGUUUAUUUCAUCCUGGGAACUGGGAACUCAUCAACCCAUCACCCUCCUUCUCAAAACCACAGUCAUUCUGCUACAUGAAUAAGCCACAUUAUCUCAUAAGUAACACUAGUACCACCUCCAAUAUCCAAGAAGAAAAGCCCAGUUCCCAUUUUCUGAACACUACAUCAAACACUAGUACCCGGGAAGAAAACCCUAGUUUGGUUUUCAUGGCGGCACCCACGGCCUAUCACCACCGUGAAUCCGGAGGCCUAAACCCUAUUAAUCCGGUUGUCAUCACAAGUACUACCUUAAUUUCUCAUAUUGAUCAAGACCACGAGGAUCCCGCCGGUUCAAAUCUCUUUCACAGAACAGUUCAAUUCUAGAAAGCUGAUUCUCUUGAUGUGAUGAUCAUCCCCCAGAUGAAUUAUGCCAACAAAAAUCAGUUAAAUUAAGUUCUGUUUUCUGUUUAAUUUGUAGAAGCAGAUCAAAUUUAUUUUUUGAGCCUCCAAAAACCUAGAUCCCCCCAUCAAGGGUAGCACUUAUUCAUGAAAUCGUUUCUUUUUGUCUUUAGGAGCUUCAUUUAUUAUUGUUAUCUACAAAAAAAAAAUUGUAUUGUAUUAUUUUCCCUGAUUUAUUAGUUUUAUCAUUUAUGUA